AUGCCAAACCGGUGUAUGGUGUUUGGAUGUCACAACACGCGCAAAAACAACAAGGACGUGACAUAUCAUCGGCUACCUCUUAAAAAACAAGAAACAGAAAUACUGAAAAAAUGGCUUCAAGCUCUAAAACUGGAAAAUCCUCCAGUCAACGAACAUUCUGCUGUCUGUUCCCUUCAUUUUGAGGCGUCCUGUUUUAAGCCGUACGGAAACAAAGGGCUAAUGACUUUAAAAGACGACGCAAUUCCUACCCUCCAUUUAACAGAUGGAUAUGCCCAGUCCGAAGCUUACAAGAAAAGCAAGGAUAGAUCUGGUUCCACCACCACCACUACAGCUAUGCAAACUGAUGAGAGUGAGCCAUCAGCUUCUUCAGGUUUAUUAUUCGAACCAAUUAGUACAUCAACACCUACAAAGUUGCCCAGGCUGGAGGAGGACGAUGUAAAUUUGCCUUCAACAUUAAAGCGAGCAAGAUUGCAUACUCCCUUUGAUGAUCUGGACACAUCAAAAGAAAGUCAAAGUACUGUAAUAGGUGGUAAAGAUUUAUCUUUUGUAAUUGGCUCUAGCAGCAGCAGCUCUGCUGAAGAUGAGGAUGGUAAUGAUAACGAUGCUGGUAAAUGUUUAAGGUCAAAUGUCAACUGCUCCUGGUACUACAGUAUUUGGCUAGAUGAUACCUGA